AUGGAUACCUCAGACCAAGAUGAUGGUCUCUUAAAGACACUGUUUAAGGAAUCUUUUCAAGGUAAUUGAUAGAUUUUCUUAGGACCUCUUAAAAAGCACUCUUAUUGAUCGUUUGUCUUAGUGACUCUAACAACACCUGAAAACACUCACAGUCAGCCAAAUUAGCCUUUUCCUCUCUUCCAUGUUAUGUAUUUCAGCGUUAGAGGUAAUAAAGAAUUAUGAAAAUAAAUGGUAUGCCGGGCUAUUUGCUAAUUUCUCAAAUCGAUCGAUCACUUUUUGUUUAGUUUUUGUAUGACCAAGGUUUAAUAAAGUAUAGUAGCAACACCACCCGACUAAUCAACAAUUUUGAAAUAGCUCUUUUGGCAUCCUGCUCCAUUUCGGUUGCAAGUGACAAGUAAAGCAUUACCUGAUGGGCAAUUGUUAACAAGUUUGAUUAUUUUCUGCACUUGAUGUUGUCACUGUUACUCCACUUUAAUCACAGAUCUCAUGUUAUUCACUUACUUUGGAUUUAGCAAAAUUUGCCAUAAAAGUACACAAUUUACUGACAAAUUGCUUUAUGGUUUUCAGAGACAUGGAAAGAUAGUCCAGAUUUUGCCUUAUAUUUAGCUGAACUGAGUGCUUCUAGCCUGGAAAAGUUGAGUAAGUCAUACAGGAGACAUGAACUUUGAGUGUACAUGUACAAUAGCAUUUAUGAAACUUAUUUUUGUAAUGAUCAGAACAAACUUUCAACACUCCACUUUUGGAAUUGUCAUUCUAUGGCUCAAAAUUAGUUGUCUAAUGCCAUAUAUCGUACCAUAUAUUCUGUGACAGAAAAGAUCUUUAUAAUUUUGCAGCAAAUUUACUACAAGCUCCACAUGAGGCUUUUCAAAGUAAAAUAACUGUAAAUUGGCAUUUUUACAUCCGUUUUCUUAUCAAGUUAUGUAUAUUAAUGAAACUUUCUUGUGGUUAAUACAAUGUACAAUUGGACUCAAAUUGAGACCAACUGUGCAAAAUCACACCAUUGCAUAAUGCCAAAAGGCCUGCAAUGAUCAUCUAUCUGGCAUCCCUUUUUAUUGAAAAUAAAAUAAGCAACCUUCCUUGAUAAAUCAAUAAAGAAAUAGUCAUCAUGAUCUUCAAUGCUAUGCAACAAAAAGUCUUGAAACUUUCAAUUCCUGUCCAAGGUCCCUCAAACUCUUUGUUUAGGCUCCUCACAUUGCUUGUAAUUGCACAAUUUUUAUUGAGCAAAUGCCAAUCAGAGCAGGGACCAUUUCUUCAUUUGAUUGUGUAAUUAUUUUGUAGGCAGAGAACCAGAGAGACUAGCUGAGGAAAAGGCACAGAUUUUAGAACAAACUGAGCACUUAGCCUUUCAUAAUUACAAGACAUUCAUCAAAACUGCAGAGUGCUCUAAAGAGAUCUUUCAUGAUGUAAGUACUCAAUAGUACAAUAAAUAGCAAAAUCAUGCUGCCCUUUUUUGGAUGUAAUUAAAGAUUGAAUUAAAUAAUUAUUACUUUGUACAUGUAUGCAGGUAAAAAAUAGUGCUUUAUGCACAUUUUGGUCAGGUUUUUCUUAUCCAAGGAAUUUUUGCAAUUUUUCUGGAUGUGAGCAUCUGAAAAAAGCAACAUGGUUUUGGGCUCACAAAACUUUGAUUUUUUAAAUCCUAUUUAUAUAUUUAUUUAUUUAUUCAUGUAUUGUUAAUCUCCACUUGUUCCAAUCUUUUGAUCUUUUUAUCUCAUUAGAACCUUUUAUUUUAAAGUAAACAGUCAGCUUCCUUGUUUGCAAAAUACAUGACAAAUUUUAUUCUAAAAAGUUUGUUUCAGUGGAAAGUCAUGUUGAGUCACUUUUGGACAAGCUACCAAGAUUUUCUGAAANAACCAGAGAGACUAGCUGAGGAAAAGGCACAGAUUUUAGAACAAACUGAGCACUUAGCCUUUCAUAAUUACAAGACAUUCAUCAAAACUGCAGAGUGCUCUAAAGAGAUCUUUCAUGAUGUAAGUACUCAAUAGUACAAUAAAUAGCAAAAUCAUGCUGCCCUUUUUUGGAUGUAAUUAAAGAUUGAAUUAAAUAAUUAUUACUUUGUACAUGUAUGCAGGUAAAAAAUAGUGCUUUAUGCACAUUUUGGUCAGGUUUUUCUUAUCCAAGGAAUUUUUGCAAUUUUUCUGGAUGUGAGCAUCUGAAAAAAGCAACAUGGUUUUGGGCUCACAAAACUUUGAUUUUUUAAAUCCUAUUUAUAUAUUUAUUUAUUUAUUCAUGUAUUGUUAAUCUCCACUUGUUCCAAUCUUUUGAUCUUUUUAUCUCAUUAGAACCUUUUAUUUUAAAGUAAACAGUCAGCUUCCUUGUUUGCAAAAUACAUGACAAAUUUUAUUCUAAAAAGUUUGUUUCAGUGGAAAGUCAUGUUGAGUCACUUUUGGACAAGCUACCAAGAUUUUCUGAAACAUGCAGCAAUUUCAUGAAGGCUGCACAAGAAAUAAAUAGCAGGUAUAAUCAAGCUGCUUUACAUGUGUCUGCCUUACUUUAGUUCCUACAAAGUCUGUUCAUUCAUUCAUCAUACUUCAAAAUGUAACAAAACUUGAUGGCAACUGUGGUUCAAGUUAAUACAUUUCAGUCACAAUGUCAGGCAGUUAGUCCUAUAGAGUCAUUAAUUGAGCCAGUUAUCUAUUUUUUUUAAUUACUCAGGUCAGUCAAUGAGCCAGUUAAUCAGUUAGUUUAGUAAUUCAGGCUGCCUGAGUCAGUUAGUCUGGCAGCCAGUCAGUCCCUCAGUCAGCCAUUCAGUCUGUCAAGUCAGUCAGUGAGUCAGUUAGGUAAGUCAGGUCAGUUAUGUCAAGUCAGUCAGUCUGUCAGUCAGUCAGUCAAUUUGUCAGUCAAGUCAAUUAGUUAGUAAGUUAGUCAGUUUAGUAAGUCAGUCAGCCAUUCAUUUAUAAUCUAGCUUAAUGAACCAGCCUGUUCUUAACAUAUUUAGUGAACAGCAUUUAGAUCAAAAUAUUAUGUGCAAUAUCAAAAUGACAAUUGCUGUUUCACUUCUCUCACUUCUAGCCGCCAUUUAAAUUCUUUAACUUUAGCUCGCCAUACACAGUUGCUGGAGAUUCUGGAAAUUUCACAGGUAUGAAACAAACGUUUUGUAUUCUCAGUAAUCUCGGUCCUUUUUGAGAUGGUCUCAGGUAAUUUACUUUCAUUAUGAAAACCAGGCAAAAGGCACUGGUGAGCCUGAAUAUUACACUAUGCUUGCAAGUGAGCUUCCUGUUUCCAUUGAUCAGAAGCAAGGGUUUUCACCAGUGAACACUUAGGGAAGGAAGCCACUGGGGAAUUUGCUCAGUUUGCUCAUAAGAUCUCUUGCCUCUUGUUUUUGAGUGCCCAAAUAAUAGUAAGCUUGUUUGAAGGAUAAAACAGUGUUCACAUUGGGCACCUGAGCAUGGUCCUGUAGUAUGGUACUUGCUGGGCAUUAAUCCGUUAAGUCCUAAGAGUGAUCAGCAUCGAAAUUCUCCUUGUAAUAUCAAUUCUUUGUAAAUCAGAGUGGUCAUGAGAAUUAGGGACAUGAUCACACAAGGUGAAUUUGCCUGAUAUUUUAACGAUUUCUCCCCACUACUUCUGUAGGAAAUGAAUAGAGGCAUUACAAAGGAGAAUCAAAUAUUGUUCUUAAGGUGUAAAGGGUUAAUGUGAAUAUGCCCUUUUUUUGAAUACCCAAGCUAGAAUUUGACCUCAGCACCAAUGACCAAGUACAAGAAUGAGAUUUUGUUUUUGGACACCAAAGUGAGAACUGGGAUCCUUUGAGAACAUGUUUUGCAUUGGAUCCGAGGCAAACUACUGCUUUGCAUACCCAUGACUCCCUGCUAUGCUUGUGCUCCAAAAUGGAAUCUGACAGGGUGAAAUGGGGCAAAUAUGUACAAAGUGACAUGCCAGAUACCUCUGGUGUGAACUCGACACUUUUUUGUGCUGCUACCCAGUUGCUAGUACUCAGGCACCUGGUGUGAAUAGCCCCUCAUAGUACAGUCCUUUACAUUGGUACCAUCUGUGUAUAGGAUGACAAUAGGGAGAUUUAGAAUCAAUUUUGUGAUGUAUUUUGCCUGUAGAGGCUUUUUUUCAGUACAUGAUGAAAUAAUUAGGAAUGAAUUCUGUUGUUAUUUACAGCUUAUGGAUUCAUGUGUUCGUAAUGGAUACUAUGAGGAAGCCCUGGAACUAUCAUCGUAUGUGCAUCGGCUGGAAAAGAAACUCUCUAACAUCCCAAUCAUUCAAAACAUAGUGGAAGUUGUUCAGUCAUCAACACAGCUAAUGCUGUCUCAGCUUUUGCAACAGCUACGAUCAGCUAUCCAGCUGCCUGCUUGCUUGCGUGUGAUUGGUUACCUCAGACGACUUGACAUGUUUUCUGAAUCUGAGCUCAGGAUUAAGGUAUUUCCGUAAAUCUCAAAUAAAAUGUAGGCAACGUAUAUAAGGUUGUGUAUAAACGUAUAUUUUCUGUAAGAAAUGAACCUCACUCAACUAUUACGUUAAUGUGUGGCUGUCCAUACAUUACUUCUAUUUUGUUUCGUGAGUGAAUUUCAGGUACCUAUGCGCAUAAAUUUUAUGUGGGUAUGCACAUAAAAUAUUUGUGACAGUGAAAAUCCACCCUUGUUUGGAACUACCGGUAAGAUGAAAUUUGGUGCAACCUGGCGGUGAUUUUGGGAAAUUGCAGUUUACUGCAGCAAGUAAUACAUGUACACUACAAAAUGCAUUACACUGGAAAACUGUUUACACACUAAACAAUAACUCUGCCUUUUCUGCUGUACUCCUGGUGUUACACUGGCCCUCUCUCCCUUGAUUCUCCACUCUACAAACAAAUGAAAAGGGAACUGGAGCCAAUAUGCCUCCCGCAAUUGUUUCUGGGAUUGUUACUGGGGACAUGUCUGUCCCAUAAGUCUUUGCGGAACUUAACUCAGUCCAGUUUUCAUCUGGUUUCCAAACUGGUGAUUUCAUACUUCACCUCUCUCAAACGUGUCCCGUAGCAAAGGUAUUCCACUACUUUUCUAUGAUUUUGGGCCACUUACUUUAGAGGACUGUCGUUGCUUCAGAGUCAUAAGUUAAAAAACAAAAAUACAUGAAAAUCUGCUUAUAUGUUGGCUUCUGUCAUGUAAUGUCAGGGACAAUACCAGUGGCAGAUGCAGGGGUGGGCCCUUAUUUUUAGACCAAACUGAGGCCCGAAGGGCUGAGAAAAUGUUUUUUUUGGAGACCGGACCCCUCUUCAGAUCUCAGGGUCUGGAUGAGCAAGCCCCCCCACCCACCCCCCCCCCCCCCCCCNGCCCCCCCCCCCACCCCCCCCCCCCCCCACCCAUCCUUAUCUGAAGGUCUGGAUUCGCCACUAGAUACUGCUACUGCUACUUUCAGGUUAAGGGACAUGGGGGAAGCCUUAAUUGAACCCACAUGGUAAAAGAGACAUAAACUGGAUAUCGCCUUCACAACGUUUUUCUGCAAUUUUAGUAAUGUCAAUAUUAAUGCAAUUUUAUCGUCUUGUAGUUCCUUCAAGCACGCGAUGCUUGGCUUCAGAGUGUUCUGGCCUCAAUUCCAUCAGAUGAUCCUUAUUACCAUAUUACCAAGACCAUCGAGACAAGCCGUGUACAUCUGUUUGAUAUUGUUACGCAAUACAGAGCCAUAUUCUCCGAUGAUGACCCAAUAUUGUCAAUGGAAAACGAGGACAGCCCAAUGUACAGCAACCUUUUUCACUGCUGGGUUGUGCAGAAGGUGCGCUAUAUUGAAUGCCUCUGGUAAAAUGAACCUUCGACUAGGGUGUUUAAGUAGAGAGCGAUUUUCGUAUGACCCUGAAAUAUGGUUUCGGUAACUAAGUGUUUGUCAUUUGCUUUAUCGGCCAAUAGAUGAACAGAUCAAAACAUGGUUCUUUCGUUUUCCCGCCAAAGAAAACCCUAAUAUGGAGAAGGCAUUGUUCGAUUGGCCAAUCGUGUUGCAGUAUGACGUCUAAGCGAAGUACCGUUUGAUUUCUAGAAAGUUCUAGGGCAUGAAGCUUUUUUCACCCUAGCGUUCGCUUAACUAACAAAAAGCCACGCGAGUUUGUAUCCGUUCGAUGACGCAAUCAAAUGGCUCUAUUUCUGUAUGUUUGUUUUUUCUGUUUUGUUCUCGCGUUUUCAUUUCAAGGUCAUACGGAAAUCACUGUAAGAUUGUGAUAGCGAUAUGUAUGAGUCGAGCUGUGUCUAUUGGGCUUAAAGUAAUAAAUGCCAAGUUAGAAGGUACUCGGUUGGAUUACUACAAUAGACACUUGGGACCCAACAAAAAAUGUUUGUUGACUUUUAAGGUCGACCAAGGGGGCAAAGACCAACUGAGGGGAAUAUUCGCGGACGUGUGGCAACUCAACUCUAGCCUGCGACUUCUCUUCUUGUAUCUUUUCCUAUAAUUCAGAAAAGUUUGAUUUCGUGCAACCAUUCACAGUAACAGAACCGCCUGAAAAAAUGCUUAUUUUCCCUUGUGUGACAGUGAACUGUUUGUGGGACAAUUCCUUGCGACCAAAUGAAAGUAAAACAAAUUUUUAUCGGCAUAAAAUGGCUAAAUAAAGUUCUAAGGGCCACUAAAACGAGACGGUCUCUUUUUUCUGCUUCAAGGUGCAACAGUUUUUGAAGACUUUAGAGUAUGACUUGGAGCGUGGAGUUGGUAGUCGACUAGAUUCACUGUUGGGACAAUGUAUGUACUUUGGUCUGUCAUUCAGCCGGGUUGGAGCUGACUUCAGAGGGUUACUUCCUCCACUCUUCCACACGGCUGCAAUGAAAGUAUUCAGUACAGCGGUGCUUGAUGCUACGGAGAGGUGCGUUGUGUUUGCGUGUGUAGAAAGUAGUUGUGAAAAAGAUCCCGAUUUUCCAAGUCUUUGUUUUAGUUUUUUAAGUCUUGUUUUCAUCUUUGGUUAUGUAUACUAUUGGAGCAAUAUGUUCCCGGGAUUGGGCAAUUUUAUCUGCUUUUGCUAUGAAUGUUGAGAAAACUACUUGAAAUCGUUAUUUGCAUGUCCCUCAAAUUUUGAGAUUUGUUGUGGAUGUAAUAUGAUCGAUUUAAUCUCUUUCAAGUGAGUUUCUUUGUUUACUUACUGAUCUUUUUUUCUUUGAAAUUAAAGGUUUAAUGAAACGAUGAAGUCGUAUUCUCCUCAGUCUCUUUCAUCCUCUGUUACGGCCACGAUGCUUUCUACAAUGACAGCGAAGGUAUGUAAUGUCUCACUUCUGCAAGAUUGGGUUUAUGUGGCAUUGUAGAACUCAGCAGAGCUGAUCGCUCUGCACUUGGCCUCAUUUUGAAAGUGAGGGUUUUAUGACCUAUUAGCUGGAUCGUCUCCUUGCAUGUCCCUCCGUAAGGGUAAGCUAAAUUCCGUCAUUGAGAUUGAAAGAUAAGUAGCACUUCGCUGUAAUUCUUCGACCGCCUUUUUAAACAAAUGGAAAAUUUCCUUAUUUAAAUUUGUUGGCUUGUAUCUGUUUACCUCCAGCUAAUCGCUUUGUUAGCUAUACGUCGGUCCCCCUUAAAGUUAAAGCAUCCACCCUUUCUUCUUUUCCUUUAUUAUUGAGUGAACAAAACUAAGUAAGUUAACCGAGGUCACGCCUAAAUUAAACCUAGAUAUUUCAUGUAACUGUCAGUUUUAUCCGUUGUUUUGUAAUUACGUAGUUAUUUAAAACAGUAUUUUUUGUUUUUGUUUUCAGCAAUAUGUGUGCUUUUCUGUUCUGCAAUAUAGCAUUAAAUAAGAUUUUAUGCAAUCCUAUUGGCUGGCUUUGCAAUUUUAGGUACAACCGAACCGGAUUUUUACCGUGGGAGUGCCACAGGCAUCCCACGGAAUAAAGAUAAAAAAUAAAAAAAGUGGGGUGUUUACUUGUUAUUUUGCUUUCCUCAUUAAUUGCUUUUGUUUUUAUUUUCGUAGCCGGAUGAUACAGGAGCAGAUCUCCAUCCUCCCAGCUCUUUGUUACAACAUCCACCCCUUGCGGCCUUCACUAACAGUGUUUUAUCAGCCUUCAAUGAGCUAAGGCAUUGCGCGCCAUUAGCCCUUGUAUCACCUGUCACUGAGGUUCUUCAGUCCUCCUUUGCAUCUGUGAUACACACCACAUGCGCCUUCCACAGGUAAAAUAUGGAGCUUAAGCAAGAGCGUUUUUGAGCGAUGGAUGUCAACCGGAAGUGGACUUUUUGCAUCAUUGGGGAGUUGUUUGGUUGAAACUCUCGGAUAAAUCGUCUUUAUAAUAGAAAAGAAAGUCUGAAAUACAAAUUUGUUAGAGUCAAUGCACAUAUAUAGUGAGAAGGCCUCACUUCCGGUUGAUGUGCGUCGCUCAAAAACGUCUUUGCUUAAGCUCUUUAAUGAAUUCUGCAUCUUUUGUGGUAAUUCUUGGUGUUGCAGACGGUUGCAGGCACCAAGUGACGUAAUAUAAAAGAUCGAGAAGACACUGAACAAUACCCACGCCACAACACACAGGCGAACCAACAGUGGUUUGCGCAACACCAAGAAACAUUCGCUUUUUGGCGGAGACCUUUGCCGCUACCAUGAUCAGGGAAAAGAAUUUCUUUCCAAUGUCUCGGAAAAUUUUAGUUCCUGAUGAAGACGGUGAGGAGUCAUGAAAUUAUCCUUUCAGGCUGCCCAAGGAUUUCAUGAAGCCCACAUUAUCGUCCGGACAAAAAUAUUCCGUAGCUGAUUAAAUUUGCUACCCCAUGUUAUGUAAGAAAUGUUCCGAAAAACGUUAAGAGUUAAAAAUGUUGAAUAGGAAUGUUCAUUGGCUAAAAAAAGAAGCGGAAGUUAAUGUUUACGGGUCAAUAAAAAUUGCUUGCAGGUCAAAGGAAGUCAACCAGUAGUUAAGAAAAUUAAUAUUAUCCGUUCAAGUGGGAAGCAAAAAAAGUGCCUCUUUCGAGCUUCGUAUUCCUGAUUUCCCGUUCAUGAUAUUUGUCUAUCUUUCCUGCAGGCUUUUCUGGGAUUGCCUAAAGCUGAGGAGGAAUCCGGGUUAAAAAACUGGUUAUUUUCGUCACCCUGUUCCUAAACUUAUAGAAACCUAGUUCCGGAUCUUGUGUCGCUAACGGUCGAUAAGCACAUCUUUGUUCUCGCGAGCUUACUAUCUUCUGCCUUCAAGCUAUCGCUAGUAAGGUUUGGUUAUCCAUCACUUCUUCCUCUGGCCAGUUGCAUCAUAUACUAUAAGCCAAUCAAAUACAACUGUACAGCUGAUACUAAAUUAUGUUAAAAACGUAGCGUUGACAGUUAACCCUGGGAAAUUUCUUGUAGAGCGGUGUAAUAUAUCUCAUAAUCCUUGUUAAAAUUCCUAUCCUUAUAUUGGUUUACAGAGCAGAAGCGGCCGCCCUCAAUGAAUCUGAAAGAGCUACAUUUGCAAAUUUCUGUCAAGUAUUGGGUAAACAGCUUAUACCGUACAUAAACCGCUGUUUAGAGGCGAUUUUUCCGAGUUCUGCACUGAGUGUCGUACAGGGGGGUCCUACUGCAGCCAGUACGUUGCUAAGACUUGACGUUAAGAGAUUACAUGUACUGUUAGAGCCAGUCAUGCCCCAAGAAUCCACAGAGGAAGAGGAAAAACCUCGUGGAGAACAAAAGGUUAAGAGCCGCCCUAGCAUACCAAAGGAUACCACAGGGGAGACGGGACAGCCUCGUCAAGAGAACGAGGCUGAAAGAGAGAAAGAGAAAGAGCAGAAAAACACUGACCAGGAAAAAGAACAUCUUACAGAGCAAUCUGUGGAGACAGAAUCAUUGAAUGAUGGUGGGGAGAAAGUAUCAGAGUCUGAACAGCAAGAGCCAGAUUUAACUUAG